AUGGAUGCGGAAUUCAUGGACCAGUUAUGGAGUGAGCGCCACUACGGAACACCACUUGCCAUCAUCUUCAUGAUCCUGCCCACGAUCGCCGUUGGCCUGCGACUGUACGCAAAGAUCACGGCUCAGCAGCCAAUCGAGCUCAGCGAUUACUUCUCCAUCACAGCAUGGCUAAAUACGGCGGGCUUCUUCAUAACGUUGCUGGUGGGAGUUUAUCUGCCGCCUUCGUUCCUUGAUAACCCCGAAGGCAUUGACGUGCCGGUAUCGAAAAUCACCUUUUCCCUGAACCUCUUGUGGGCAGCUGCUUGCUACUCUUGCAAGCUGUCUAUUCUUUGCCUCUACUACCGCCUCCUCAGCACGCCGUCAAGCACAUUUCGACUGGUAGUCAAGAUCAUGUUUGUCUUGACAUCUUGCAUUGGAAUUGCGAGCGUCUUGGGGUUCCUCUUGGUAUUUCGAGAUUUAUCAUGGUGGUGGUCGAACGGCAUGAAGACUCACCCGGAGGCGCAAGCGAAUCUCAUCAGGAUGAACGAGGCUAUUGACAUCAUGUCACUCCUCACAGACGCCAUCCUCUUCUUUAUGCCUCUUCCGGUUAUCAGGAGACUGAGCCUCAGCAAAAGCAAGAGGCGUCUCCUUAUCGGUCUCUUCUCCCUUGGCUUCCUGACCUGUAUUGAGGUUGUUGUUCGAAUCAUUACCACCUACGGCUUUAAUGGCGCUUUAGACGCCAUCCAGGUGCAGGUUUUGUUGAUGGGAAUCGAGCCAGCGAUGGGCAUUACACUCUGUUCUUUGCCCGUGUUUCUCAGACUGUUCCGAAAAGGCAAAAACCCUUCCAGCGGUCGCAGUUACGCCUCCGGAGACCGGGGCAACUUCUACUCUCUCGGGCCCGUCAGUGCGAAGCGAUCAACACGGGAUCCAGACGGAGCGUUGCUGGACUCAGCUGUUGGAAAGCCGAAACCCGUCCUUGUACAAACAGAAAUCACGAUACAUUCCUCCCGCAGCGGAUAUAAUGACUCCAUCGAGUCUCAAGAGUACUGGAAAUAA